CGCCCAGGCCUCGGGCCGCGGAAUCGCAGCUUGGCCGGCUCUCGGCGACGCGGCGCCCGGCCCGCUGUCCGGCGUCAGGCUCUGCUGGGGCCCGCGUCCUCGCGGUCAGGCGGUCACGGGGCUCGGCGCGGUGCACCUGCCCAGUUGAAGAUCAGUUGAAAACAUUCAAGAUCAUAAACUUUAGAUGACAAAAAUGGAUAUUCGAGGUGCUGUGGAUGCUGCUGUCCCAACCAACAUCAUCGCAGCUAAGGCUGCAGAAGUUCGUGCAAACAAAGUAAACUGGCAGUCCUAUCUUCAGGGCCAGAUGAUUUCUGCUGAAGACUGUGAAUUCAUUCAGAGAUUUGAGAUGAGAAGAAACCCUGAAGAGAAGCAGGAGAUGCUUCAAGCUGAAGGCAGCCAGUGUGCUAAGACAUUUAUUAAUCUGAUGACUCACAUCUCCAAAGAGCAGACAGUGCAGUACAUAUUAACAAUGGUUGAUGACAUGUUACAGGAAAAUCACCAGCGUGUCAGUAUUUUCUUUGACUAUGCAAAACGCAGCAAGAGCACUGCUUGGCCUUACUUUCUGCCAAUGUUGAAUCGCCAGGAUCCAUUUACUGUUCACAUGGCUGCAAGAAUUAUUGCAAAGUUAGCAGCUUGGGGGAAAGAAUUGAUGGAAGGCAGUGACUUAAAUUACUAUUUCAAUUGGAUAAAAACUCAGCUGAGUUCACAGAAACUGCGUGGUAGCGGUGUUGCUGUUGAAACAGGAACAGUCUCUUCAAGUGAUAGUUCUCAGUAUGUGCAGUGUGUUGCUGGGUGUCUACAGCUAAUGCUCCGGAUCAAUGAGUACCGCUUUGCCUGGGUGGAAGCAGAUGGGGUGAACUGCAUCAUGGGAGUUUUGAGUAACAAAUGUGGCUUUCAACUUCAGUAUCAAAUGAUUUUUUCAAUAUGGCUUCUGGCAUUUAGUCCUCAAAUGUGUGAACACCUUCGGCGCUACAAUAUCAUUCCUGUUCUGUCGGACAUCCUUCAAGAGUCUGUCAAAGAGAAAGUAACAAGAAUUAUUCUUGCAGCCUUCCGUAACUUUUUAGAAAAAUCAACUGAAAGAGAAACUCGCCAAGAAUAUGCUUUGGCUAUGAUUCAGUGCAAAGUUCUGAAACAGCUGGAAAACUUGGAACAGCAGAAGUAUGAUGAUGAAGAUAUCAGUGAAGAUAUCAAAUUUCUUUUGGAAAAACUUGGUGAGAGUGUGCAAGACCUUAGUUCAUUUGAUGAAUACAGUUCAGAACUUAAAUCUGGAAGGUUGGAGUGGAGUCCUGUACACAAGUCUGAGAAAUUUUGGAGAGAGAAUGCUGUGAGGUUAAAUGAGAAGAAUUAUGAACUCUUGAAAAUCUUGACAAAACUUCUGGAGGUAUCAGAUGAUCCACAAGUCUUAGCUGUUGCUGCUCAUGAUGUUGGAGAAUAUGUGAGGCAUUAUCCACGGGGUAAACGGGUUAUUGAGCAGCUUGGUGGAAAACAGCUGGUAAUGAACCACAUGCAUCAUGAAGACCAGCAGGUCCGCUACAACGCUCUGCUGGCUGUGCAGAAGCUCAUGGUGCACAACUGGGAAUAUCUUGGUAAACAACUCCAGUCGGAGCAGCCUCAGACUGCUGCUGCCCGCAGCUGAGCUGCUGUCCAGCUUUUCUGUACCGCUGAUGGACCACCUGAGUGAGAACUUCAAUCCUUAGGGUCAAAAAUAAAUCAUUUUUAAUUUAAUGAUAAUUUUCUUCUUUUUUGCUGCUUUUCCCCAGUGAUAAUUUCUAGAAAAAUUGUUUGCUUGUUAAGUUGUAUUAAAGUAGGUGUUAUUUGUGUCUAUGGAAAAUAUUACUGUUGCAUAUACUGCUUACAAUUUCUGUAUUUAUUGUAUUCUAGAAAUGACUAUAAUUAUUAAAGGAUUCUCACUCCAUA